AUGGAGGAUACGGUCUCGCUCCGCCUAGGCUUCCACACCUGGACCGACGGCUCGCCCAUGCACAUCUUCGCCAUCUUCGACGGCCACGGCGGCUCCUUUGUGUCGGCGCUGUGCCGGGACCGGAUGCACGAGCUCAUGCCGGAGGAGCUCAUGCGGGAGGGAGCGUCCUUCCUGGUGCGCCGGGAGCACGCGACAGCGGGCGUCGGGACAAGCGCGGCCGCAAGCGGCGGCGCCAGCUGGGUGGAGCAGGCGGAGGAGGAGCGCGCGUGGCGUGCGGCGCUGGGGCGCGCCUUCCGCCGCGUCGACGCGCUGGCGGUCCUGCCGUGCGGGUGCGGCCGCGCCGCCCUCCCGCGGUGCAGCUGCCCGCUGUCGAUCAACACCGGCUUCGUCGGAUCCACCGCCGUGGUGGCGCUGCUGGUCCGCUGCCUCCUCCUCGUCGCCAACUGCGGCGACUCCCGCGCCGUGCUCUGCCGCGGGCCCGCCGGCACCCCGCCCGUCCCACUCUCAGACGACCACAAGCCGGACGAGCUAGCGCGGAUCCAGGCGAUGGGCGGCCUGGUGGUGCUAAACUGCGACACUCCGCGCGUGCGUGGGAUACUCGCCAUGUCGCGCGCACUAGGAGACUGGCUGCUCAAACCUGAGGUGAUCUCUGAGCCGGAGAUCACCAUAACCGAGCGGACGGCGGAUGACCAGUGCCUCAUCCUGGCAAGCGACGGGAUGUGGGAUGUGAUCUCGAACGAGACCGCCUGCCACGUCGCCCGCCAGUGCCUGGAAUAUGGUAACCCAUCGCCUCCUGCUGGCCCUUCCGCCGCCGCCGCCGCCGCCGUAGGCCAUGAGGUGGAGCCACGUUGCUCUAGCGCCGCCAUGGUCCUGGCCAGGCUCGCGAUCGCUAGGAGGAGCGCCGAUAAUACUAGCGUUGUCGUUGUUGACCUGAAGCAGAGGUGA